CUGCAGACACACACAUUUCGGACCACACACACUCCGCUUUAUCUCAGCUCGAACACACACUGCCAGCACAAGCACAAACACUCACACACACACUUGUGGAGACUCUCCAGGAGCAGUCCACAUCCAGCAUGGUUCUGUUUAAACACUUACACUCGUUUUUUUCUCGUUUCCUUCACACUCUACCACUUUACCUGGAGUGAGUUGUUGCCUGUUGUGUGUGCUUAGUGAUCUGUGAUUAGAUUAUGUUAUGAAGACCUAGUGGUCUGUGAUUGGAUAAAAUUUGCAAUGUUAUUUACUGAAAGUGCGCUCACUUCUAAACUAUUUAAAAACUUUUUUAAAAUAACUCUACCAAAAAAAAACACAUCUGUGAGACCGAUUAAUGUCCUACAGUAUUAUUCUGGCUCCGCCCACAUGCAGUGUGUCAGCUACAACUCCAGGAAUAGGGGAACAUCUUCCUCCUCUAACCCUCCACUCUUCCUUAUCUGGUUUAUUUUUAUUUGUAAUUUAUUACAAAUAAAUUCUAGCUUUAAAUUGUCUCUUCUAUUUUGUAUUACUGGAAAUAAAACAUUACACAUUGCACGUGUAAAAGAUGGAGUAAAUUUCUGGAUGAUUUUUCUCCAGAACGAAAGCAGCAGUGAUGAACAUGGAACAUCAGCAGCAGCUCUGGGUAUGGACCUGGAGAACACACCAGCAAACAGAGAGAUACACACAGAGGACACAGUGUGUGAUGCGGUGUGUGAGGAACAGCAGCUUCUGCGAGAGGCCACCAUGCGCAGCCUUGUCGAAAUCCAAAGAAGAGCAGAGCAACGUUGGCAACGAGAUCGAGACAGACAAAAACUUAGAGUUCAAGAGCGACUGUCAAUCAUUCAGAACAGGAAGUCAGAUGAGGACCUGCUGGGUCUGAGGCGUGAGGAAACGUUCAGACACCUGACCAACACACUGCAGCUGGAGGACGAGCAGCAGCAGAAGGUGUUGGUUCGAGAGAAACUGCAGCAGCUAUGGAGAGAACGCUCUUAUAUUCUACAGUCUAGAAGAGAGAGGAACAAGAGUGAAUUUGAGGAACUCCUCACACCUACAGCUCAGUUUGUGACUAACACAGAAGAUGGCCUUACCACACACACUCACACCGACAUGAACCUCCCACUCACACACCAAAAUCACCCACCCCCACACACACACAUGUGACAGUCCCUGUUGUAUUUGUGUUAAAGUUGCAGUCUUUGAUAUAUAAAUGUGCUUCUAAACCUAUAACCAUCAAUGAUUAUUUCCCAAUCGCCCACACCAACCUGAACAUUUCAGGAUUCUGGUGACAUUUUUCUGGCCCUGAAAUAAACUAAAAUGUUUGUCAAACUGCAGCUUUACAUUUCUAUCACCUUCAAAUUACUUUGUAGAAUUGAUCUACAAGACAUGCUAGCAUGCUAAUAUUAAAGUUACGUUCAGUGAUUUUUUUCAUCACUUCCAUCUGCAUCAUCUAAUCUCUGUGGUGCCUCGGAAACAUGAUGUCAGAUCACCAAUCCAGCCAAUCAGAAAAAAUGGGGUGUGACUACUAACUGGUCGAUAAUGUUACAUUCGUGUGUGUGUGUGCUUUGUGUGUGGCUUUCAAUAUUUGAUGCACAGUGUUUGUAUGUAUUUUGGGUUUCAAAUGCUACAUUGCUAAAUUUUCCUGAAGGUGCCUUUAAUGCUAAUGUUAUAUGAAAAAAAAUCAUAAUAAUAAUAAUAAUAAAUGACAGACAAGGGUAUAUUAGACACAUAAAUGUUAUAUUAACAUUUUUUCCACACCACCCUUGUCUCCAUUCUGGAACUAUUUGUGUGUGAGGGGGUUGUUUUCAACAAAAACAACAAAAGAAAAAACAUUCUACGUUCUAAGCACAUUCUAAGGUUAGGAAAGGUUUUCUUUCCUAACCUUUUCUUUUUGUUAUUCAUUUUAUGAAUAACAAAAAUGUUAUUUUUGGGGGGAUUCCUGAUGAUGGGGAUAGUUUAACUUUUCAGUAUUAGUCAACGUGAAUGACUCAUUUGGAGUGAAUUUAGCAAUUUACAAGAGAGGAGAGAACAGAACAGUAAAAUAACAAAACAGACAAAAGGAAUGAACAUAAUCCACAUCAGCUACAAGCAGGAAAAAUAAGAUUUUAAAAAUUAAGAUGUCUGCUGGGGUCUUCUACAAAGACGUUGGGUGGAGCUGGCACUUAUGGUCGCUUGCCAUCCAGUAAGGGACGAAUCUGUGUUUAGUUUUCUUUUUUACUUUGAUUCCUAUUUUUUUCCUUAUUUUUAUCAAUGGAUAUACACACACACAGAGCAC